AUGGCUACCCCCCACGCCACACACCGAGAAUCGUGGGAUUCCCUCUCCUCCACCUUCGCCCAACUGGAAGUGUCAUUCUCUCAGGACAGCUGCUACGGCUCCGACGAAGUCUCUGUCACGUCGAACAACCCUACCCCCUUGCAAUCCAGCGUCCAAACCUUCAUUGAGAAGCGCUCGCCCACCUUGCACCCCUUCUUGAAAUCAAUCCUGAAGAACUCUACCUCCGAUGCCCAUGAUGCAUCUGACGACUCCGAGUCUGAAUCAGGCUAUGGAUCGGAUGAUCUUGAAUUUGAGUACGACGCGCUCUCUGAGGAUUCUGACGAGGAGGAUGAGGAUGAGGAUGACGACAUGUCCGACUUCUCCGUCUGGGAGGAGACUUCGGAAGUUCCCGAAACGCGCGAAGACCGCACAGACACCUUCGACGAUGACUUUAUUGCCUUUGAACCUUCUGUCCGUUUCGCUGCCGACAUCGAGUACAUCGAUAGUUCUGACGCUGUCGACGAUGAUGAGGCCGCGGAGCCUCAGAUGACGUGCCAUGAAAUGAUGAUGCUGGCCCUCCAGUCGGGCUCACUGAACUCCUCGUUGCAAUCGGAAGAUCAGGGCGAGGACGAGGCUGAUCAGGGUCCCUGUGAGCCUGAAUUCACCCGCAGCUCGGCCACCCAUCCGGAGGACUUUACUCGGGAUGCAGUGGACGUGGACCGCCAACUCUUCAUUGCGUACAUGAACGGGAUCCACGGCAUCGCCGACGCCAAAUACAAGUCCUACAUUCAAAUGCAGGCCGACAACAUCCGACUCGGCCACGAAACCGAGUCGAUGCACCCCGAUGACGCCCACUGCAUGUACCUGGAUUCGAUCCAAAGCCACGUCAAUGGCGUUUUCCCCAAUCUUCUGUCGACGGCUGAAAUGGAUGACCUGGUCGAUCUCCGCAAGCAGAAUAUUGCUGCCGUACAGGCAAAGCCCGCGUCGGCCACCCUUCCACCAACCCAUCACCGGCUCCUGCUGGACAAGGUCGAGCACUUGCUCGAACAUCGUCUUGCCCGUGGCCGGAUUGACGUUUUGCCGGACGAGAUGAGUUUCCUCGCCGGUGGGAUCAUACAGGCUCUUGAUACCCAAACCUCUCACGACAUCAUGAAGCGUUGA